CUGCGGUUCCUGGAUUUAACUCUGCUGCUGCAAUAAAACAGAUCUUGUCCGCUCAUCUGACGCUCAACACAGAUGGACCAGCAGGCCCAGUCCUAUAUGCUUGCCAGUCUGACGCGGCCCCACUCUGAGCAGCUGUUGCAAGGCCUCCAGCUGUUGCGGCAGGACCAUGAGCUGUGCGACAUUGUGCUGCGCGUGGGUGAAUGCAAGAUCCAUGCCCACAAAGUGGUGCUGGCGAGCAUCAGCCCCUACUUCAAGGCCAUGUUCACGGGCAACCUGUCAGAGAAGGAGACCUCCGAGGUGGAGUUCCAGUGCAUUGACGAGGCUGCGCUACAGGCAAUCGUUGAGUAUGCCUACACUGGCACGGUAUUCAUCUCACAGGAAAGAGUGGAGUCCCUACUGCCAGCUGCUAACCUGCUCCAGGUCAAGCUGGUGCUGAAGGAGUGCUGCUCCUUCUUAGAGAGUCAGCUAGAUGCUGGGAACUGUAUAGGCAUCUCACGCUUCGCUGAGACCUAUGGCUGCCAUGAUCUCUGCCUGGCUGCCACUAAAUUCAUCUGUCAGAAUUUUGAAGAGGUGUGCCAGACAGAGGAGUUUUUUGAGCUGACACGGGCAGAAUUGGAUGAAAUAGUGUCAAAUGACUGUCUGAAGGUGGUAACGGAAGAGACUGUGUUCUACGCCCUGGAGUCGUGGAUCAAGUACGAUGUGACUGAGCGGCAGAAGCACCUAGCUCAGCUACUGCACUGCGUCCGCUUGCCUUUCCUCAGCGUUAAGUUCCUCACCCGCCUCUACGAGGCCAACCACCUUAUCCGGGAUGAUCACGCCUGCAAGCACCUCCUCAACGAGGCCCUCAAAUACCAUUUCAUGCCUGAGCACCGGCUCUCCUACCAGACGGUGUUGUCCACAAGGCCACGCUGUGCUGCCAAAGUGCUCCUUGCUGUGGGAGGCAAGGCUGGACUCUUUGCCACCCUCGAGAGCAUGGAAAUGUACUUCCCUCAAACGGAUUCAUGGAUUGGGCUUGCCCCUCUUAGUGUGCCCCGCUAUGAGUUUGGAGUGGCAGUGUUGGACCAGAAGGUGUAUGUGGUGGGUGGCAUCGCCACACACAUGCGACAGGGCAUUAGCUACCGGAGACAUGAGAGCACAGUGGAGAGCUGGGACCCUGACAGCAACACGUGGUCCACAGUGGAGCGCAUGGCAGAGUGUCGCAGCACCCUGGGGGUGGUGGUCUUGGCUGGGGAGCUCUAUGCCCUUGGGGGCUAUGAUGGCCAGUACUACCUACAGUCUGUAGAAAAAUAUGUCCCCAAAGUGAAGGAGUGGCAGCCUGUGGCACCUAUGACCAAGUCACGCAGCUGCUUUGCCACGGCUGUGCUGGAUGGCAUGGUCUAUGCCAUUGGUGGCUAUGGCCCCGCCCAUAUGAACAGUGUGGAGCGGUACGACCCCAGCAAGGAUGCCUGGGAAAUGGUAGCCCCCAUGGCAGACAAACGGAUCAAUUUUGCCGUUGGUGUCAUGCUAGGGUUCAUAUUUGUGGUUGGGGGACACAACGGGGUAUCACAUCUGUCCAGCAUUGAGCGGUAUGACCCACACCAGAACCAGUGGACAGCCUGUCGGCCCAUGAAUGAACCACGCACAGGGGUUGGCUCCGCGAUCGUGGACAACUAUCUCUAUGUGGUGGGGGGUCACUCGGGAUCAUCCUACCUGAACACUGUCCAGCGAUACGACCCCAUCACAGACAGCUGGCUGGACUCAAGCGGCAUGAUGUACUGCCGCUGUAACUUUGGCAUGACUGCUCUUUGACCCAUGGCACCCCUGGGUAGGACUCCUUAAGAAGAGAGAGAGAGAUGAGCCCGGCUGGCACCAGGGAACCACAGAUGGCCAGAGUGAAAGGGUCUUGGUGGAGGAGAGGAGCAGAUCACCAUGUAUCUUGUCACAGAGAAGAGAUGAUUGCUGCUGGACCACAAUGACAACUUUUCACAGGACUGUGGGUGAAAACUGUCACUUUUUUUAGACUUUUUUUGUGUUCAUUUGUUUUUUUUCUGCUAUGAGCAGAACAUGUUCCAGUUUUUUUUUCUUUUCUAGAUCUUUAAAGUAUGUGUGUGGCGCAGAGUGUCUGUAUGCUUGUGAGUAGACGCAUGAUUGUUCUUCUGUGUCUGUGUGCAGGACUAAAGCUCAGGCAAGGUGAUCGGCUCACAGUUUGAAAUGUCUGCAUCUAAAUCAGUGCUUCACAAAGAGAGAUCUGAAUAUUUAUAUUCACUUAAAGGGCUGCCUUUUUUUUCUCUGUAAAUAAUUUAAAUUAAAAGAAAUGUAUAGAUAUUAAUAUCCUCUAGUGCAUUGCCUGUAAAUGUUUUUUUGCACUGGGUUACUAGUUAUGGUAUGUGUGUAUACAUGUAUUUGAUUCAAGGGUUGAAGAAGAGGUUGUGAAGGAUUAACAAACCCCACUGAAUUCUCUUGAGUACUUGCCACCUGUCUUUCAUCCUCGGAGCAAUUGCUAAAUCCCCAUCUUACGGCUUCUGUUACAUCUUCCUGAGGUAGGGUCACACUUCAUCCCUCUUCAUAAGUAUUGAAAAGUUAUCCUGUCCUGCUUUUCACUGCUGGGUUUGUACACAAUACUAACUGGUGCUAUUAGGAUUCAGGAUUCAGCUGUUGUCUGUGUUGCCUCAUUGUAUCAGGUGUCUUUUAUUUGUUUUUCUGUGUUGUUGUAGAUGUUGGUUGUGCAUCAAAAUGCCCCCAUGCUAUAAAGCAGUGUCUUGCUAGAAGGCAAGCUUGUGACUGGAAUACCUCAACCACCAGUCUUUACUUUGAGCGCCAUUUUUAAAUUGGACUCGUUAGGUACCGUCUAUGGAUACAUUUAUGAUCUGACCCUUUCUCUCUUGAGCCCCACGGCUGUCAUCCGUUUAGCGAUAGUUUGUCUGAAACAUUGUCCCUGCAUUAAGUAGUGGAUCUGGCUGUAUGGCUCACUGCCAAUUUCCUCACAAAGAAAGUCUGAGAUUGUUGGUCUCUAAUGGGUUAGGAAGAAGCCUAGCGGUUAAGAGCGUUGGGCCAGUAACCGAAUGGUCGCUGGUUUGAAUCCUUGAGCCGACUAGGGGAAAAAUCUCUGUGCCCUUGAGUAAGGCACUUAACCCUAAUUGCUCCUGCAAGUCGUUCUGGAUAAGAGUGUCUGCUAAAUGCCUAAAAUGUAAUGACCCCUACACCCCCUUUCUCUGCUUGCUUGCUCUGAUGAAGCAUGUGUGAGAAGCCACAUGUGGCCAAGGUCUUCCUGAGUAGCUCAGGCAAGAGUGGAUAUACACAGCCUUGUGAAGUGCCAAAAGAUGACCUUCUUUCACAAGUCUGGUGUAACUUUCUCCUGUGUGCCAGACUCAAAAGGGUUAUUUUCACUGCUAAUGCAUAGUACGUGUGACAUUGUCAUAUGGAUGGGGUGGAUAUGGAGCAGUAAGGGCUGUGUUGUCACUGUCACAAACUAUUUGGACCUCGGAGAGAGACAUGGCAGACAGACAAGGGCAUGGAGACAUGACUGAGCUCAAAGCGCUCGCCUGGGUUAGAUGGCUGCAGGCCGAGUCUGGGUGUUGUAGCCUUGGGCCACGCUGAAGGACAGGUAACACGAGGCUACAGAUAGAGAAAGUCAAUCCCUGUUGUUGGUCCAGAGUGUAAGAGCAGUUUCCUUGUAUUGUACAUUUUAUAGAUGUUUGCACAUGAGGAAAACUUAAAGGGAGCUCUGCAUUGCACUUACCAAACUUAUUGAUGAGUAGUGCAACUUCAAUUUGUACAUGGGUCUCAAUUUAGGUUCAUGGAAUUUAAACAAUGCAAUACAUUUGUGGAUACAAUUAUUUUUGCUUUGAAUUUAGCCUCAAAGGUCAAGGCGUUUCAUAUUGCUGUGACGUUAUCACACGUUUUAUAUUGUCUGAAAGACCACCACCGUUCAAACCUUUUGUCUCUGUUUUCCCCAUCCCACUUUGCAUUGUGUGCUCUCAUCUUUGAAGAGCUAUUAACAAUGUUGUGCAAGUCAGUUCACAUGUACUGGGGAAAGUUUGCAGACAAUCAAAUGGAUUGUAAUUCCAGUAAAAAUCCCAGUUUGCAUGUAAUGUAAGAUUGGCACAAGACUGACUGUAUGGGUCUUGCUCUAAGCCAUCUGAUCUAGUCUCUCACCAGAGAGCAGCCUUGCAGUUACAGUGCUGCAGUGUUGUGUUCCAUUUACACACUUGUCAAUUGUGAUUACCUAUACUCUUUAGCUCUUACCCUCUAAACGUUACCUUGGACGUAAUAAAUUAAGAUCAAGGGAAGCCCCCCCCCCCCCAAACAAACAUCUUAAGACUGUUUAUUCUUGCUCUAGCAAUAAGAGACCAUUGUCAGCAUCAGCAGUAUGGGAGCUUGUCUGAACAAGCAUGCAAGUUCUUCACUUGACUUCUUCUUUAAAUGCUGAUGGUUGAAUCUUAGGCGAUGUUAAAUUGCCUUUAAAAGUGAAUUUAUUUCUAAAACAAGUUGUUUCAUGGUUAAACCUGCUGCUGUUUUUUCCUCAUCUUGGAAUAGUGGGCUUUAACAUUUCAGUGGAAACAUCUAAAUUAAUCUAUGAUUGCAAAAAAAGUUUACGCUGCCAUGGGAUGGAAGUAAAUAUACCAUUUCAACCUGCAUGAAUGUACAGCUCCUAUUCACAUAACCAUGAAUUGGUUUUCAUUUUCUUCAGAUGUCCUUCGUAUGAAUAAUCAACGCAAAUCCAACAUAUUGCAAUAGGUGAAAUAUGACAUCCUUGGAACAUCCUAAGAUAACUUUGUGCACAUAGUAUAAAAUGAACUAAUACUGUAUUACUUUAACCAUUUUAAUUGAAUAGUCUUAUCCCUUUUAGAUUUUCUUGCAAUUGUGCUUUUCUGUUUCAAUUCUUGAUGUUAGGCAUUUGUCCAUCUACAACAGCUUGGGAGGAUGAGCCAGAACAGAGUGAAAAUCGCGCAGGCAUGAUUGUCUGCAGCUGCCAUCCAUUGUCAAGCAGUUGAUACUACUACUACAUAUAGAAAGAUGUUAUCCAUGGGGAUAUUGAAGAUAACAUACAUUUUAGGGAUGAAUGUAUACAGACUUAGUCUUUACUGUGCUGUGGAGGGAAACUUUUGACCCUACGUGGAAUCUGAAACCGUGAAACUGCGAAAUGAAGGGAUGUAUAGCUAAAUGUGAAGUUAUUUAAGAAAAAUAAGUGUGUACUUUUAUCAUGCCCUAACCAUGUCUUGUUUUGCCACCACUCACCAAAGUGCUUGUUUUACUUAUGAAUGCAGGGGGAAUACUAAAAUCAAGUCUGGAAAAGACUUGUCUGAGAAAGUAAUUUGAAACUGAUGUCAUUGUUAGCCAAAUUACCACUGCUUCUUUUACAUUUCCCAUGAGUGUCUGAACUGGCUUACGGUGAUAAUGUUGAAUUCUAUAUCCUGUGGAUUAUUACUGGAACUACAAGAACCUUGAUGUAGAAGCUGUAUCUUUUUCCAAAAUGUUAUCAUGCUUUGAUUGAACAUACAUUUUAGCCAGUUUGUGUGUGCUGUCGUACCCAGUUAAAAUUAAUAAAUGCCUGCCUUAAAGGUA